ACAGCUCAUACGUCUGAAAUAGAAAAGCUAAAUAUGAACGAAAUGGUCUUUCCUGACUGAAUGAUUUUAGCUAAUGAAUUAAAACGAAAAUAGUCUGUAAUAGUUGUUAAUUUAACAUGCUUUUGAAAGAAGACCGAGUACGAGACAACCGGGUUUGCUAGCAGCUUCUUACCAUGGAUGAAAGCAGCCUGACACAAGCCAUUGAGACCUACAACAGUCAGCUUCAGCAGGUGGAGGCUGCACUGGCCUGUGGAUUGGACUCAUCAGAGCAAGCAGAUCUACUCCAGCUAAAGGAGGAUCUGGUUCAGCUUAUUGAGCUUACAGAAUCCAGCUUGGUAUCUGUUAAAAAGAGCCAACUUUUAGCUUUACUUGAGGAUCCUCCAGCACACCAGAUUGCACCAGCAGAAACCCAGGAACAGCCCAAGGAGGUCAGCUUGGAUGACGAGUUUGCUGCUUUCUAUUCGGAACUGGGUGAGAGUGGUGCUGAGGUAGCAACAAGCCAGGAACCUGAUGAAGAGGAGGAUGAGAAUGAGGAGGAAGACAUAAGUGGAACUAAAGUACGAGCUCCUUAUUAUACAUCUUGGGGGACACUUGAGUACCAUAAUGCCAUGGUUGUGUGUUCUGAAGAACCUGAUGGAGAAGAGGCUCGAGUGAGGGUGCUAUACCUGUAUCCUACACACAAAUCCAUAAAGCCCUGCCCUUUCUUUCUAGAAGGCAAAUGCCGCUUCAUGGACAGCUGCAGGUACUCUCACGGGGAGGUAGUAUGUGUGUCCGAGCUGAGGGAAUUUCUCGAAGCAGAUCUUACCGAGAUGCAGCCGGGAUCCGCUUGUUUAGCCAAGCAUGAAGAUGGCAUCUGGUAUCCUGCCAAAAUCACAGAGGUGGAGGGAGGCGUCUACACAAUUAAAUUUGACUCCCAGCUGCUGAAGGAGGCUGUUCUGGAGGCUGAUUGUAUUAUUCCUCCUCUGCGACAGGACGAUUCCGAAUCCUCUUCAGACUCUGAGGGUGAUCUUGAGCAAUGUGAUGCCGGCUAUGCUAAAGUUUGCAAUCAUGAGGAUGAACCAUCUACAAUUAACAGUUCAGAAUUCUGUGGCUGGGAAGCUCACACUCGAGGCAUUGGUUCCAAACUCCUCUUGAAGAUGGGUUAUGAAUUGGGAAAAGGUUUGGGGAAAACGCUUUCGGGCAGAGUGGAGCCUGUGCAGGCCGUUGUUCUCCCUAAAGGCCGCUCUCUGGACCAGUGCGCUGAACUCACACAGCGCAAAACUCAGGCUGCUAUCGCCAAAAACAAUCCGACCUCAGGCAAACGGAAAAUGAAACGAAAACGGAAGUCUGCCUCGGGACGGUCUGACGUGUUCGAUUUUCUGAACUCUAAGCUAGGGGAGUCCAGGGGGCCCGCUUCAUCUGCUUCUGCUAGCUGCUCAAUCAGCGGCGUGGAGGCUUAUCAGGGAGGAAAGAGCACCAAGCGCUCGCUUAAUGUGCAGCUCUUUCAGACCUCCGAGAGGAUGAGUCAGGUGGAAAAAGAAAUUCAGCAUCUCACAGAGUCUCUGAGCAGGCGAAACGGGAGGGAUGCCGCGGUUAUAAGCCGUGCGGAGGAAAAGCUCUCGGCAUCUCUUGCACUGCUGCAGCAACUGAAGGCUCAGGAACAGAACAUACAGAGAGCUCAGAAAAAGGCCAAUACGCAUAAGAAAAUGACUGAAUUCUGACCUUCUCACAUACGAGAGUGUAAAUAAUGACCUGGUUUUUUUGGGGGGUUUUUUCAACAAGCAAAGACCACAACUAUUUGUUUUAAUACCAACACUUUCAGUUUUGAUGUGUCUUAUUCUUUAAUACAGCAUUUUUAAAAUCUAAUCAUCUUCUUCUGUAUAUGUAGAGUAUAUAUUACCACAAACACAUUUUCUUGUAAUGACAAAAAUAUAAAAUCAUUUUUUCAAAGCAUACUUAUAAUAGAUGCCUAAUGCUUGGCUUAUGCUUUAUAAUACUGCCUAAUAUUUCUUGUCAGCUAAACAAGGAGGCAGGCAAUAACCAGCACACUGUGUUUGGGUGCCGCGUCAUUGUAUUACGCUAGCCUACCAGUCUGUUCGGUCCCUCUACAGGCUCACGUGGCCAUGUCUGAGAGAGAAAAGCCAGAUAUAACUUAUUCUACUGUUUUCUUUGGUUAUGUCGAUGCACCAGCAGUGCACAAGCAGUGAAGGAAUACUUUAGUCUGGUGUGAGUUUAUCGAGUUUAAUAAGCAUGAUGGCUUUACAAGUGUCAGAGGGAGUUUGUGCUAGUCUGCAGCCCUCCUUGCCCAGCGUAGAUGCUGUUCAUGAGGCAGAUGUUCACAGUGCAGUGGGUGAGAACUGAAUAUGUCUAAUUUGCUUAAAACAGCACAAAAACAUUUAUAGGAAUAUAAAAUUGUUCUAUAUCACAGUGAAAUAAUUCUACUGGUGUUUUUAAUAGUACUGUGCUAAUGAAAGAAUAAUAGACGAUUAGGAUAAGGGCUCGGUAGGUUCGAAUCUCAGUGGUGCUAUCAGCCACCCAGGCGUCUACACAGACACAAUUUGCUAUGUCUGGGGGUUGUGGCCAAAACCCUAAGUUCGAUUGGCACCUUGCGCUCACUGCAACCCUGACCAAUAGUACUUCAUUUAAUUUUUAUGUUGAAUCCUGGUAAGGGUCAAGGUGGGCCCGGUUUCCACAUGAUCACUGGGCGCAAAGCAGGUGGGAUGUUGGCACUGCUGGUGGUUCGAAACCUGGAUCCUAGAUGUAGAGGGCUGGCGUAAUAUAUCACUAUAUCACUGUACCACCUAAGCUCUAAGUUAAUAGCUGCCUUUAGACUUCAAUUAUAAGUGAGAUUUGAAAUAAAUGUGUGAAGAAUGUUGCUUGUGGUAAACUCAUACACUACAGAUAUAGUAGCUCGAGAUGAGGUCUAAAAAAAAAAAAAAGCUGUUUUUUGUCACUGCUUAACAUACUUCUCUGAACAUUAUUUGUCAUUUGUAAUUGGUUUUUCAUCCCCUGGUAAGUCAGUUGAACAAAGUCAGUAGACAGAUCACUUACCAUGCGUGUAAUUAAACUUUUUAAACUGUG